CAUUAGAAAGUAUAAAAGGAAAAAAAAUAAAAAUAAAUAGAAUAAAAAUUAAGAUCCAAUAGUCUUUGCUCUUAACCUCCUCCUUCCUUCUUUUUUUCUGAUCGAUGACCAAAAUAUUAUUGGAGUUUUUUCCAAUGUAUCGUUAAACUGGAUCAUGGAGUAGUGUUAAUAUUCCAAAUAGAAGUCAUCGAUCUGGAAAUUAUAGAAGGAAGGAGAGUAUUAGUAUUGACAAAUGGAAAUUCAGAGGUUAAAAGAUUUGUUGUUAUUGUGGACAAAAGUGCAAAGUACUCGAGUUGCCCUCGUGGGUGGAAAUCACACAGCUGCCAGGUUUUGCACUCGCUAAAAUAAUAUUCAUAUUCUCUCCAUU